AUGGCAUUCGCGGCCUCACAGAUCCCAAGGGCUUUGGCAAGAGAAUUUACCCUGCGCAAUGCCUUAUCAACCACGUUUAAACGUCCGAAUAAAUUUAUUACAUUUCAUUCCUUUGCAAGUCAUCGUCAAGUGGGGAUAAAGGCUACCGUCACAACGAACCGUUUCUUUUCUACUGAACAAACUAAUCAAGCUCAUCAAAGCUCCCCCAAAACCAAUGGUACGAAACCUUUGCUCGAGGAGUCAACUAAACCAGAGCAACCUUCGACACAAAAAAAACCUUCAGGAAUACAUGAUUAUUUCACUCAGAAUAAUAAUGAGAGCGGAAAAACAUUACCGGCGUUUCCUAUAGUAUUAAUAUUCACGGCGUCCGCGAUCGCAUUCCUUGGAUUGUACCAGUAUUUUUAUUCAAACGUUAAUAAAUAUCCCGAAGAGAUUCGUAAAAAUCUCAAGAAAGGCUUAUAUUAUCAAAAUUAUAGGAGUGAUCCAACUCGUGCGGUUAAUUUUUAUCAAACUGCACUCACGGAAGCCUUUAAUCAUGCAGAAUUAGACAAUUCAUCACCGGAAGUUACUGGAAUCAUGAUUCAAUUGGGCAGCCUAUACGAAGAGCUUGGACGAGUACGUGAUGCCGUGGAUGUUUAUACAAUGGCGUAUGACGCUAUCGUUACCCCCAAUCGCACUCCCGUAAAAUUGGAUGGGGAGAAAAAACUUAGAUCUAUUGGAUUGGCGCAAAAACUAGGCGAUUUGCAUCAAAAUUUGAAACAGGAUGAGAAGGCAGAAAAAUACUUUGUAUGGUCCGUAGAACAACUUUUGCAUUCACAACACGAAGUGGUCCAAUCCAAUCAUGAUAACAUCAAUCGUGAUGGAUUAUUUUCAAAGGGACGUGACUUGACCCUUCCACCUUGGAUGACAUCGACUGAUCUAGGUGCUUCACUUGAAGCUCUGGCAACUUUCUAUUCAUCGCGACACAAAUACGCCUAUGCUCUCCCACUUUAUCUUCGUGCUUUAUCAUUGAUCAAUCCUCCCGAGUCUUCUUGUCAUUCAGCCGUUCUUAUGAACAAUAUAUCAGAGGUGUUCACCGGCAUGGGUAACCUAGAAGAAGCACAAGGUUGGGCGGAACGAGGUUUAAAGCUUGUUGAAAAUUUUAAACAGAAAAGGAAAAAUACGGAAUGUGAAGAAGCUUGUGGAGUUUUACUAUUUAACUUGGGAAUGAUCUCAGAAUUAUCGGGAAAUUUUAGUAAGGCAAGUGAAUAUUACGAAAAGGCUCGUGAAUUUGCAAAGAAGAUUGGCUUUAGAGAUUGUCAAUACCUCUGUAACAACGGGGUCAUAUUACCAACCAGCAUUAUAGAAUCACCUUCACUAAUAUUUGAUUAUCCAUCCUUUCUGAGAGAACUCAAGUUUUCGGAUCUAUAUAAUGGAGUGACUGAAUGGUUCUCCAACGUUAUUGGUAACCUUGACGAACUGCAGACAACUUUCCUAAAGGUUUUAAUCACGGAGCAAUUAUUUAAACUUUUCAUGAGUAAUUGCACGAAUUUUGACCUACUUUCAUUAUCAGAUAUACCUUAUGAAAUAUCUAUGCCCUUGCUACCGUUUUUAUCCGGUAUCGGUACAUGUUUCACUCAAUUAAAGACAUUUCACUGCGUUAGCAAGCACAGAAAUAAGAGUGGGAUCUUUCGAGCAAUCUCUCAGGUAUCAGAAUUCAUUGAAACAUUUGUGAUCGGAGGUGUUGAUUCUGACAUGGAAGUCAAAGCUUUGGGGGUUUUGAUCAGAGCUCAAAAGAGGUUAAAAACCUUUAAAUACACAUGGGAUUAUCAAACAAAAUUUCAGGUCGUAUUAUCCGAAACUCUCGGCGCGCUUAAAUCGCAAGCGAAAACCUUAACAACGAUCCAAUUCGAGUAUUGUAAUUUCAUGCCUUGUGACUCUAUGGAAGCCUUGGCGGCCUUUGAGAACUUGGAAUACUUGAAGUUUAUUCAUUGCAUAUAUAUAGGUGACAAAAUGAAUUCUUUAACUUUGGCAAAAUUUUCAAAUUUAAAACACCUUGGAUUUUAUACCAAUCAUAUAGAAUCUCCUCGGUAUUGGAUAUGUCCGGACGAUGUCGCGGCAUUGAUCGAAAAUUGCCAUAAUAGUUUAGAGAAAGUUAUGCUACCACGAUCAACUAGCUGUAUAGAAUCUUAUUACAGAUUAGUAAAAGCACUUAGAUUAUGUCGAAAUAUUAAAGAUUUAAAAAUACAAAUGGAAGAAGGAGAUACCAAAGACCUCUUAGAAAUGCUUAAAGCAUAG